GUGUGUGUGUGUGUGUGUCUGCCGUCGCUCGUUGGGAAGUCUGAAUCUGUCGAGGGAAGCCGGUCGAGAGCGAGACGUUCCUGAGGAGGAAAAGACAAAUUAAAGAAAUGGCUGUCAAUAAAUGGGUCAAAUAUCUUCUGUUCAUCUUCAACCUCCUGUUCUGGAUCAGCGGCUGCAUCAUCCUCGCCGUCUUCAUCUACCUGAAAGUGAACAAAGAUGGAAACCAGAUCACUAAUGAAUCCAUUCCCGGCAUCGACCUGAUGAUCGCCAUCGGAGUCAUCGUCAUGAUUCUCGGCUUCCUCGGCUGCUGCGGAGCGAUCCGAGAGAACCGCUGCAUGCUACUGCUGUUCUUCAUCAGCCUCCUCAUCAUCUUCAUUCUCCUGCUGGCGGCGGGUAUCCUGGGCGCCGUGGGGGAGGACAAGGUGAAGGACUGGAUGAAGGAGCGUCUGGAGAAACUCAAACCGCUGUCAGGGCAACCUGAGAACGUGAGGAAUGACCUGGAGAAACUACAGCGAGAGCUGAAGUGUUGCGGUCUCGUGAACGGACCGUCAGACUGGAACGCCGUUCCUGACUCCUGCCGCUGCAACGCCACCGAGACAGACUGCGUGCCGGGUUCCAUCCACAACACGCCGUGUGUGACGAAACUCGUGGAGCUGAUGGAGAAAAACAUGGAGAUCGUGCUCGGGAUCGCCUUCGCCGUCGCCAUCCUGCUGAUCUUCGGCAUGGCCUUCGCCAUGAUUCUCUACUGUCAGAUCGGUAGGAAGGAGGGCGCCACCACCGGCACGGGCACCACCACCAACGCUUGAACAUCCACACAUGGCCACGCCCCCUCACUGUCUGACAGCGUUAUGUCUGUAUGGAAGCCUGUUGCUGCCAAAACAGACGAGCAGUUCAUGAAUCUACUUCCUGUUUUAUUUUAAGGUCGUCAGAAAACAAACAAAUAAAUAAAUAUUUACAUUUUAAACUUUAAAAUAUGAACCUCACAGCGAGGAGGUUCCUGGUUUGAAUCCCCGUCGGAUGCACACACACACAUUCUGCUGAAGCUGUCUGUCUGCUGCCAUUCUUGUGUUGUAACAUAAUUAAGAAAAUAUAAAUAACUUGAUAAAAACAAAA